ACCCUAUGGUAUUUUACCAUUAACACAAAACUAAUUGGGUUCUGUAGGAUAUCUCUUACGGGUACUUUAGUAAAUCCUUUUGGUAUCCUAUAGUACGUCUUGACUAGUGCCAAGACUAUACGUCCGAACGUAUGGGGAAAUUUCUGCACUGGUCUACCGACGGGUAGCACGUCAUGCUCGACUUUUGGACACCCCGUCCUGUUUACUCCUCUGGUUCAGCAUCCGGUCGUACGUCAAGACUCGUAGUCCUGGCAUUUUGAAAAAAAAUUCAAAAUGCGAACUAGUCUGGACGGGUUACUCGGACACUUCGGACUAGUCCGGACGCCGGUCAACCAGGUUUUUUUGCUCACUUGGGUGCAAAACAAACUUUUUGAAUUGUUUGUUGGACGUGAACAGAGGUGCAGGAUCUACCCGUAAGAAUGAAAAACUUUCCCUAAUGGAAAAAUCUCUUGAAAAUUCCUUAUUAUCAGAACAAAUUCUUCUGCAAUUAGUUCUUUCAGCCAAAAAGCUAUUUUUUUGAAGUUUUUCCUGAAAAAUUUCCUCAAACUAAAAAUUUUUCCCCGACGACCAUCGGAACAAGUGAGUAUGUUCUGUAUCGCUUAUCAUGAGUCGAGAGAAAAGCUUUGAUAUCGUAUUCAAGAACAACUGGAAUUAGACUGUAUUUGUGCCUUUUAUUUCCUUACCGAUCUAUUGUAAGUCAGAUCAUUAUGAACAGUUUUCUUUGUUGAGAUUUGUCAAGUUUUUCUAUGAUAUCAAUCUUUUGAGAUCCAGUAUUCGAAAGAGAAAAGUUCUAUACUUGUGCACACUAGAGAUGCACAGAAUAAAGGUUAGCUCAAAUAAAACGCAUUUUUCUAGAGUCGUAACAAAACUUUUAUGCUGUAGGAUUGAGGACUCAGAGAAAAUGUGCAGUAAGAACUUUUGUUCAACUGUAACGUUAUCGUAUUAUUAAAGCUCUUAACCUACAUAUCCUGUACGGUAAGCUUGCCGACUUUCGUGAGAAUAUUAAAGAAUCCGGUGAUCGGAUCUAAUAGGAAUCGGUUACUUUCGAUUAAAGCGAAAAAAGUUUUAAAAGCGUUAUAUGAAAAAAAAAUUUUCCAUGACGUCCCUCUGCUGACUGUAGUUGUCACAUAAGUCCAAGCUUUAAGAAGCAAUGAUUUUGUUUUUUAUGGUCUCACUUUUGUUUUUUCUUUUCUUUGUAUUCGCAACCCUCUAGAAACGGUAGGCAGUGUUGGCUUCACGGUGUUGAUACGACAUCUCCAAAGUGAUUUAUCCUUGGUCGAUGUGUAAUACAAAUGAGCGAGACAAUGAGUCAUGAACAUCUAUUACUCAUGAAGAAAAAUAUCAGAAGAAGGGAUGUGAAACUUGUGUACUUGCUUCAUGAUGUGAAACGAAUUCUCACCUUGUUAACUCUAAAAAUCAGUUUCAACUAGUAAUUCAACAUAUAAUAAUUUUAAUUGAAUGUCUCCUUGUAAGUUAUCAAACGAUUUAUUUUAUAUUCUUCAACAGGAUGAUGGGUUGUCCCUUUUUUUACUGAGAAACUGAUUUUACUGAACUUUUCUGAUUGGGUGACAGAAAAAUUUACGAUCUGAUGGCUCAGAAACUCAGUUCAGUUCAGUUUCUCAGUAAAAAAAGGGACGACCGGAUGAUGGUCUUCAUCUCACUUAUUCAGGUUUCUGAUGACCAAUUGUAUCCAUGGAAGCGUAGUGUGCCGUGUAUCAUUUGAAAUUUAGGUUUCCAUUUUGUUUAGUUAUUCCAGCGAACCUUUGCCAAUAACAUGAGGGAAGAUGAAAGAUUAGGAGGAGAAAAGUAGUAAACUGUACUGCGACUUGUUUGUUAAUCGCUUAGCGUAUGAUGAACAAUCGAAAUGCUGAAAAUUGGUUUGUUUGGUUACAUAAGAGUUAUGAGUUUAAGUUUUUUCUUCAAAGAAUCUCCGAUAAUAUGUGUGUACCGUUGAUUUUUGAGAAAAAACUCAUACGAGCAAACUUUCGAAAAUUUCAUGUUUAACUGCCACACGCGUUUCCCAUAACGUAGAACAGUUUAGUCUACAACCAGCAACAAAGUCUGAUCAAGCACACUGCACCAACUUCUUUUGUUUAGCAAUCGCAAGUAAACAAAAUCCAAAAAAGCGAUCAUACGAUCAUAUCGGUGUAAAUAACAAUGAUGUUAAUUCGGACAAUCGGAGUAGCAAAAAGCGUUUAAUAUUGAAAGAUAGUGUAAAACGUCCUGUUACUACAGCAACUCCAGCAUUAUCCAUUUUCCCAUUAUCAUCAGCAACGGGCGGCGAUGUAUUAGCUGUCGGAGAAAAUGGCAUGGGUCAAAUGGGUAUGUCUAGUAAUAUAACAGAGAGACAAAAUGCUCAACCAGUUCCAAAAAUACCAGAAAAAAUUGUACAAAUUACUGCUGGACCAUUGCAUAGUGUUUUGUUAACCGAUCAAAAUCAUGUUUACAGUUUUGGAUGUAAUGAUGAAAAAGCGCUGGGUCAUACGCAAAAUGAUGACGAGGGUUCGGACGAUGAAGUAAAAUUUGGUCAAGUUGAUUUAUCAAAAGUUAUUAACGAUAAAAUUGAGCACAUUAUUCAAGUUAUUGCUGGUGAUAGUCAUACAAUGGUAUUAACAAACCUUGGAAGAGUCUAUGGUUGGGGAACAUUUCGUAGUUCAACAAAUGGACCAUUUGGUUUAAUAAAAAAAAAUCAAAUUGAAAGUGAUCCGAUUAAAAUUCAUCUGCCCGAGAAAAUCAUUAAAAUUGCAAGUGGACACGAUUUUGUUUUAUUUCUCAGUGAAACUGGCCAAGUUUAUUCUUGUGGAAAUGGAGAAACAGGACAAUUGGGACGACUGAAUCGUUAUACAUGUGAAUACGGAGGCAGAGGCGGGACUGAACGUUUAAUUCAACCGUCUUUAAUUCAAUAUAAUCGUAAUGGAAUUCAUGAAAAAAAUUUGAUAUUUGAAGAUAUUUUUACCGGUGCACACGGAUUUUUCCUAAAAGUUUACAAGGAAAACUAUAUACUUGCUGGAGGAUUGAAUAAUUUCCAUCAAUUAGGUUUUGAGUCAACUGAACCCGUAUAUUUUCCGACAAUUGUUCCGUCCCUCGAAGGAUAUCAUUGGAGAAAAUUUGCUAGUGGUCUACAUCAUACGUUGGCAUUAACAAAUGAUGGUCGUGUAUAUUCGUUUGGCCGUCAUUAUGAAGGACAAUUAGGUCAUGAAAAUCUUACUCAGCAUCUCGUGGUGCCAAAAUUAAUUGAAGAUAUUCCCGAAGAAGUUUGUGAUAUAUCGUGUGGAAAUCAUGUAUCAUUUAUUCUGGCUAAAUCUGGUAAAGUUUAUUCGUUUGGUGAUGGUACAUCGUUACAGCAUGGGCACGGACAUCAAGAUAUAAAAAUACCAAAAAUCAUAUCAUCAAAAUAUAUGGAUAUUAAACAGAUUCAAAUGAUAGCAGUUGGAUCUCAACAUACCCUCUUUCUAGCCGCAGCCGCCGAUACAGCAACAUAA